UGGAUGGCAGCUGGAAACGCUUAUAGUCUAGUCUGCGCCCCAGUGGAGGGAUUGGGUGAGCACAGCUGCAAACCGUGCGCAGAGGAAGCUGGCCCCGAGCCUGCCCUCCAGAAACGCCCAUACUGCAGAAGUAGAAGUAAAUUUUACAUUGAGAAGAUUUCUUAGCACUAGAACCCCUUCCUUCUUCCUACAUGGCCGCUGUUUGCCGCUCUCCGGAUCUAAAUCAGAUGAGACAGGACCUGGGGUUCAGCCAACAGUUUGCGCUCCCCCUGGCCAUGCCCAACCCUACUCUCUUCUCACAUCCUUGCUUUCCCAGCGGCGGCGUCUAGUUACGGCUGCUCUGUACACUCAUUGAGUCUUUGGGCUAGGGUUGAAGUGAAAGGCCCAGGAGGGUCCUUGUGAGGCUGGAUAAAAUUAUCGGCCUCAGGGCCUGGGAAGAAGGCGGGUAUUCGACAUCUAGGGGCGGGGAGAAGGGACGGAGGAGCUUCUCUUUGAAUCUUAAGGCUGUGGGCUGCCAGCGAUCCCCCGACAGAAGCAGAGGUGGCCUGCGGGUCUGGCUGGCCGUGCAUGCGACUCUUUUUGUUCCCCCACCGGUUCUUUAGGAUUGGAAAUCACAGCUGUUAAGGGCCUAGUCCAAGGCACUAGGGUGCCACCUACGCGCUGAUGCCCCGAGUGUUCACAGGGCUUCCAGCUAACCAUGCUGCACCUAUUUUGGCGCUGCCCUGGCUACUACCAUUAUUGCUGGUGGUGUGGACCCAGCUACCCGUUAGCGCGAGGCCGGCCACAGGCCCCGAUUACCUGCGGCGAGGCUGGCUGCGGCUGCUAGCCGAGGGCGAGGGUUGUGCUCCCUGCCGGCCAGAAGAGUGCGCUGCGCCGCGGGGCUGCCUCGCAGGCCGGGUGCGGGAUGCGUGCGGCUGCUGCUGGGAAUGCGCCAACCUGGAAGGCCAGCUCUGCGAUCUGGACCCCAGCGCUAACUUCUACGGGCGCUGCGGCGAGCAGCUCGAGUGCAGGCUGGACGCGGGCGGUGACCUGAGCCGAGGAGAGGUGCCGGAGCCUCUGUGUGUCUGCCGCUCGCAGCGCCCGCUGUGCGGUUCGGACGGCCGGACCUACGCGCAGAUCUGCCGCCUGCAGGAGGCCGCGCGCGCUCGGCCGGACGCUAACCUCACUGUGGUGCAUCCCGGGCCCUGCGAAUCGGAGCCCCAGAUCCUGUCGCAGCCUCACAAUAUUUGGAAUGUGACUGGACAGGAUGUGAUCUUCGGCUGUGAGGUAUUUGCCUACCCCAUGGCCUCGAUUGAGUGGAGGAAGGACGGCUUGGACAUCCAGCUGCCGGGGGAUGACCCCCAUAUCUCUGUGCAGUUUAGAGGCGGACCUCAGAAGUUUGAGGUGACUGGCUGGCUGCAGAUUCAGGCUUUGCGUCCUAGCGAUGAGGGCACCUACCGCUGCCUUGCCCGGAAUGCUCUGGGCCAAGUUGAAGCUUCUGCUACCCUCACGGUGCUCACACCGGACCAGCUGAACGCCACGGGCUUCUCGCAGCUGCAAUCACAGAGCUUGGUUCCUGAGGAGGAGGUGGAAAGUGAAGAGAUGGAGGAUUACUACUAGUCCCAGAUGUCUGGUUUGCAGGUGUGGGCGUGUGGAUCUAGCACUGCACUCCCGCUCUUGAGAAAGCCUGGAGAAGACUGGAAAGGGCGAGCUGUGUCCCUUCAUGGAUUGUUUAACGCUCAGUGUAGCGUCAGUUCACCCUUCCUCAAAACUCAUCUUCCAGAAGCUUCUGCAGUAGGGAUGAGUACAGCGGAACUGAUUUAGUUCAGUCCAGGGAGAGGAGUAGGACAGCUCCGUGCCUUAUCCACUCUAGGGGACAUAAACACACCUAGCAUAGGACUACAGGCAGAGGGCACCAAUAAAAAAGAUUAUAAACAAACCGA